CGGCGGCACCGGGGCCGGGCGGGAGAGGAGAGAGAGGAGAGGCGACACGGCGGAGCGAUGGCGGCGGGGGGCCCCGGCAGCCUCCUCCUCCUCCUCCUGCUGUCGCUGCUGUCGCUGCGCGGCCGCGGGCAGGGCUUCGGGCAGACGCGGUUCAUCUGCACCUCGGUGCCGUUGGACGGGGACAUGUGCGCCGCUACCGCGCCGGGCGGGGGGGGUUCGGCCGAAGAGCUGAAGAGCACGGUGCUGCAGCUGCGGGAGACGGUGCUGCAGCAGAAGGAGACCAUCAUGAACCAGAAGGAAACCAUCCGGGAGCUGACGGCCAAACUGGGCCGUUGCGAGAGCCAGAGCGUGUUGGAGGGGCUGCCCGGCGAGCCCAAAGGCGGCGGGGCCGGUAGGAAAGGCGGCUUUUCCAAAAACACCAUGGGCGACCUGUCGCGGGCACCCGCCGCCGAGACCCUCAGCCAGCUGGGACAGACCCUGCAGUCCCUCAAGACGCGGUUGGAGAACCUGGAGCAGUUCAGCAGGAUGAACUCCUCCAGCCAGACCAACAACCUGAAGGACAUCCUGCAGAACAAAAUCGACGACCUGGAGAAGCAGGUGCUGUCGCGGGUCAACAGCCUGGAGGAGGGCAAGUACAACCCCAAGAACGAGUCCGAGGAACGCGGCAAAAUCGAGAGCACCCUCACGUCGCUGCACCAGCGCAUCACCGACCUGGAGAAAGGCCAGAAGGACAACCGGCCCCCGGACAGGUUCCAGCUCACCUUCCCGCUGCGCACCAACUACAUGUACGCCAAGGUGAAGAAGAGCCUGCCCGAGAUGUACGCCUUCAGCGUCUGCAUGUGGAUCAAAUCCAACGCCUCCCCUGGCAUGGGCACCCCCUUUUCCUACGCCGUGCCCGGGCAGGCCAACGAGCUGGUGCUCAUUGAGUGGGGCAACAACCCCAUGGAGAUCCUCAUCAACGACAAGGUGGCCAAACUGCCCUUUGUCAUCAACGACGGCAAGUGGCACCACAUCUGCGUCACCUGGACCACGCGGGACGGCGUGUGGGAAGCCUACCAGGACGGCACGCAGACCGGCAGCGGCGAGAACCUGGCCCCCUACCACCCCAUCAAACCCCAGGGGGUCCUUGUCCUGGGCCAGGAGCAGGACACGCUGGGCGGCGGGUUCGACGCCACGCAGGCCUUCGUGGGGGAGCUGGCCCAUUUCAACGUGUGGGACAGGAAGCUGAGCCCCGGGGAGGUGUACAGCCUGGCCACCUGCAGCACCCGGGCACUGGCCGGCAACGUCAUCGCCUGGGCAGAGGCCAACAUCGACAUCUACGGCGGGGCCACCAAGUGGACUUUCGAGGCCUGUCGCCAGCUCAACUAGGGCCACCACGGACAAGCGAGAGAAACCUCCUCAUCGGGUUCUUUUCUUUCUUUUUUUUUUUUUUUUUUCCAAUUUUCCUCCUUUUUUCUUUUUUGUUUUUUUUUUGCGCAAAAAAAACCCAACCGAGAACGAAGCCACCCGUCUUGUCCUGAGGAGUGGGGGCUGCCCCCCGGAGCCCCCACCACCCUCCGGUUUCUGUCUUGCCAACGUCCUUCAACGCCUGCGUGCCUUGGCCUGGCGCGGCUGCGCCCCCCCCC